UACAGCAAACGACACAAAACUAGCAAAAAUAACGUAAUCAACCUGUAGAUUUAUUUUUCGUUUAUAUGAUUGUAUAAUCUAUUUUAAUAUAAUUUUUAGUUCGGACAAUUAUCGAACUUAUGACAAAUGAAACUUAUUAUGAUAGUAUGUAUUCACAAUUCGUCGGGUGUGUCGCAUUUAUUAUCAAGGCUAUGUGCAAAAAUAACACAUUUUCAGAAUUGUAUGAAAUUAGUGCAUUAUGCAAUGUACUUAAAUGUAAUAUACGAAGCAUCUAUGCAAAAAUUGAUUUUCGAGAGGAUUUGGCAAUUAUGAAUAACCUCUUUACAGAAGCUCCACCUGUUAUUGCCAACUGUGGCAUCACAAUUUUAUGGUCUCACGUCUUGAACGAAAUAGAUGCACGAGCUUCAAAUAAUAAUGUAUGGAAUCCCAAUCAUUUUGUUCCUCUUCUGUCAUCAGCAGUGCAUUACACAUCUGAAUAUGGAAAUAAAUCACCAAAGUUUACCACUCCUGAAAAGAAAACGUUUAAGAAUAAUACUCCUACUCGAAUACGAAGUCCUGAAUUUGAAUGUUCUCCUAACAGCCGUCGACAUAUCGAUAAUAUGGGAACGUACUACACUCAAUCGAUCAGUUCAAGUGUAGUACAAAAAAGUCAAAAUGGCAUAGAAGAACAACGUCCAGUUCAGCUUGAUGCACUAAAAGAACGAGCUCGGUCUAGCCGAAUGAACGAAACAACUGAACAUCGUCAAAUUCGGCUUGAAAAGCAAAAACGUCGAGAUCAAUCUCGUCGAUCAAAUGAAACAGAAGAACACCAUCAACUUCGACUUGAAAAGCAAAAAACACGAAACCAAUCGAGUGAAACAGCAGAACAACGUUAA